GCAGAGAUGCAUGACAACUAACAAUGUGGUUUAUGAUGCAUUAAGCAUCACAGAUCAUUAAUAUUGUGUUGCAACAGUCCUAGGAUAGAUGUGUCCUCAGCAGAAGCUGUUUAUAACUUUUGCUCUGAGAGAAAUCCAUCAACCGAGAAGUACUUAUGUCUAAACCAGGGAAAAAGAAACGCUUAAAGUUGGGUGAUUUAAAUCUCCCUGUUACUAUGAAUAUUUCCUACCUGAAAAUGCUCCUCAAAAAGGAGCGUGAUAAAGAUCCCAGAUAUAAAAGAAUGAAAGAGAGAUCUCGUCUUGAGCAGAACUCCAAACAUCAAUUUGUGCAGGCCCUGCAGCCUUUACAGCUCCCAUUUAUAGUGCCUGUGCCAACUCAAAGCCCUCAACAUGCCAAUAUCCAGCAGCGGUCAAAUCGACUGAAUGCUGAUGGCAGCAAAUAUCAGUCUUCAUCCCAGCAGAUUCCAAAUAAACAACCCUCCUCACACCACACCACCACACAGAACAAACACAAGUCAGGGGUCUCCUAUACUGAGGGUGGUAAGCUGGUAGCUGCUGUUGCUCCAACAACAACACUUCCUCAGCUGAGCAAUCAGAACGAACUCAAAAAUUCCCACCAGAAGCAGCACCAUGAGAAUGAUUCCAACACUCUCCCCCAGCUCAACAAGAAAUCGGAAGCUUACACUCGUCAAAGUUCCUACUCCACGAUCAACACUGGUACUCCUGACAGAACAAAGAGGGAUGCUUACGGGAACAAGCUGCCAAUGACUCCUGGAGAGGCUCUUAAGCAGUUUAGAAGUAAAUUGACAGCAUUUGAACAGACGGAAAUCUUAGAUUACCCAGAAAUCUGGUUCCUUGGCCUUGAGGCUAAAAAGAUUGAAGGUGUUCCCGGUGGAGCUCAAAACAAUGGCUACGAUGAUGAAAAUGGAUCCUACAUCAAGGUCAUGCACGACCACAUGGUGUAUAGAUAUGAAAUUCUUGAAGUGCUGGGUAAAGGGUCAUUUGGUCAAGUGGUUAAAUGCUAUGACCACAAAACAGAUCAGAUGGUAGCUGUCAAAAUUAUCAGAAAUAAGAAAAGAUUUCACCACCAGGCUCUAGUGGAGGUAAAAAUUCUUGAUGCUCUUCGGCGGCGAGACAAAGACAACCAAUUUAAUAUCAUCCACAUGGGAGAGUAUUUCUAUUUCCGCAAUCAUCUCUGUAUCACGUUCGAGCUCAUGGGGAUGAACUUGUAUGAGCUAAUCAAGAAGAACAAUUUUCAGGGAUUCAGUAUAGCUUUAAUUCGUAGAUUUGCCUUUUCUCUCCUGCAAUGCCUUAAAAUGUUGCACCGAGAGAGAAUUAUUCACUGUGAUCUAAAGCCAGAAAAUAUAUUACUUCGACAAAGAGGUCAAAGUUCAAUAAAAGUGAUAGACUUUGGAUCUAGUUGUUAUGAACACCAAAGGGUGUACACCUAUAUCCAGAGUCGGUUUUACCGGUCCCCUGAGGUAAUCCUAGGGUUACCCUACUCCAUGCCUAUAGACAUGUGGAGCUUUGGCUGUAUACUGGCCGAGUUAUACACAGGAUACCCCCUGUUUCCAGGAGAGAAUGAGGUGGAACAGCUGGCCUGUAUUAUGGAGGUCCUGGGACUCCCCAGUGGGAAUGUACUGGACCAGGCAACCAGAAGGAGGCUUUUCUUUGAUUCCAAAGGUAACCCCAGAUGUAUAACAAACAGUAAAGGUAAAAAGAGGAGGGUUGGGUCCAAGGAUCUCCAGCAGGCUGUGAAGACAUGUGAUGCUAACUUCCUGGACUUCAUCAGACGGUGCCUGGAAUGGGACCCCAACAUCAGAAUGACUCCUGAAGAGGCUCUUCAGCAUGACUGGAUCAAGGAGGGCCUGGUAAACCGCAAGGCAAGGGAUUCCAAUCGGUCCCAACAGAAGGCGUCUCAUCGACCCUCACCGGCAGUGUCUGACCAGAACAGUGAGACUCAGAAACCUACAGAUCCUUACAAGGUGCCAGCCCAGGUCCCAGGCAAAGAGCGACAGAAGAGUGAUGAAUGGAAAGUGAGUCUGAAGGAGAGAAAACAGAGUGCCAAACGGGUUCCCCCUGUGGGUGCCUCAGCUGAGCACACUCGAGAAGAGCACAGUGCUAGAGGACCCCAUUAUUUUACAGCGCCCAGUGCCAAGAGUAACAAGGACAGUGCCAGGAGGGACAACAGCCACACUGUGGUCACUCACGAGGAGGUCAAGAACUUGGCCACUGGACAUGCUCAUCAAUCCAAGGCUGAUCCUGCAGACGAAUCCAAAUUCUUGCCACCCAUCGGGAAAUAACUAUAUAUUUUCUUUCUUGCUGAAGCAAUAAACUUUGCUGCAAUUGCCUAAUUGCUCUUGAGAUGGACAUAGAAAUAUAAGUGACAAAAAUGUUUGUUUACCAACUAUGGUAAUUUUAUUGUGGAAUUUGUUUGUCUCAUACAAAUACAUAGAUAUAAACAGGAUUUUUUAAUUACAUGUUAAAUGUUUAUUAGACUUUUGAUGUGAUAUUUUAAAGUACAAUCAUUCUCAGAUUGAAUAUGACUGCAUCCGUCCACUGCAGUUGGUUAUUUUUUACUAUGCAUGUCUGUACAUUUUUUUUUUUGUAAAAUAUUUACUGAAGAUUCCAGCCAGAUAUUUUUACUCAAGAGCAAGCCAAGUCACCUGACCAGUAUUAUAAUUUUAGUAUUUCUUUUGUACAUAGAUCCUGAAUGUCCCAGUAUUAGUUCCAAUAAUUCUGGCGGUCAGUAUUGAGUAGGGUAUAUCAAUGCAUAUACACAUAGUCCCCCAUUUUCCCAAUCGUGUUAGUCUCUGACAUUUUAACAUGCAAUCCAUGAAUAUUUAUUUUUCAAUAUUUUUACUGAAUGCAUUUAUUAUACUUAUAAGCACAUUCUACUUGCAUUUAAAAUGACCUUUUUUUAGUCAUGUUGAGUCAGACAUUUUGUUAAUUAUUUACAUGUAUAUAUGUACAGUUUUAUCAGCUCAAUGAUGUCUCUGCAUGUAUAUAGUACUUAAACUGACUCCUUGUAUCCGUCCAUUGAUGUAAUCAUCAACAUACUGUGAAGCCCAUUUUCAAUGAAUAACCAAAUGUAUAUCAUUUGUUUGUUCCAAAGGAGAGUUUUAUGCAAAUAACAAAAAUACUGAUUGCAUGAAAAAGAAGUAAAAUUAAGGAUGAACUAUACUAAUUUAUGUUUGUUAAUUGGUUUAAAUAUUUUGCGUUAUAAAAUGAUUUUAUAUUGUUGAACAUGAUGCCAGGCAUAUCUUCUUCAAUUAAUUUUUACAGUGCUAAAAACCUUCAGAUUGUGUAAUCCUGACGAAGUCCUGUUUUGUUAAUGAUUUUGUUUUAAUUGCCAUUGUAGAUGUACUUCCUGGUUUGUUUUUUUAAGACUUUAGAGCUAGGUAGAUUUUGAUUGAGCCAUUUAUUUCAUGUUGUACAAUGAACAUUGAUCUUAAAUGGUAUUUUAUUUAUAGUUUAAUUGGCAUUUUAAAAAUAUAAACAGGGUAAUGCCAAACGUUUUUUUUUUUUACAAAUUUUGUAAAUAAUGCUUUAGUGGGAAUGGUCAAGAUUGAAACUUUAUGCUGCAGAACAGUUCAAUCUUUAAAAUCGGGGUUCCUCAAAAUGAUAAAGAUUUGGAACUUUCAUAUACCUUUAAGAUCAAUCUUUGAAAUUGUGUUCAUCAAGAAUCUAAUCUUAGAACUAUGUUUUGUAAGAAGGACAUCCUAGAUUAGGUAGAACAUUGAUAGGAACGGCAGAAUAGUCGUGAUAGUGCUAGAUGGCAAAUCUUAGAAUAUAAUAUUGUUUGGUAUAUAUCAUUCAUUGGGUGAUUCUUCUGUUUUGUUCUGUUUUCGUUUAUAAAGAAGGAUUAUUUAAUGAAGAGACUUGUACUUAAGAAAAAAUACAAAGAUAUACAAACAUGUACAUAAAAUUAGCAAAUUACACAGCAAUAUGACCCUCAGUAUCAGUUAUACAUCUUCCAUGAUCAGAUAUUGUGAUAAUCUCUUUGUGCAAUAAACAUUUUAGGUUUUAGAUUUUACAUUGUUUUCUAAGAGUAUAUGCUUACUACACAUGUACUUAAAAGAUUCUGUAGAAAAAAACUAGAAAAAGGAAGCUUAGAUAGACAGUUUUUGUUACAAUGAAUGGAUAGGGAAAACUUGUUAAAAUAGGAACCCAGUAUUGUAAUAAGUUGACAGCUAAUAAUGUUAACAGACAUGUUUGUAUGAUAAUAAGUGUUAUUUAUUGUGUGUUGGUUAUUUUUGUUGAAUACAUUUCAUUUGUCAUUUCAUGUUAUUGUAAAUCCAUAUACAAGCAGAGUGGAGAAAUAACCUUAUAGCUAACUUGUAUCACGGAAGACUUGCAGACUUAAUAAGCAGUCCUCCUGUGCACAUAAGGAAGUCAUUGUGAAAUAUUUUUUGUUAGUGUAGCUGAGCCUUUGCUUCAGUGAGCUUUUCUGAUUAAUAUUUGACCGACCUGUCUGUAUGGUGUACAUAAUUAAGUCAACUCUGUAGACUUUUCUGGAACCAAAAUGAACCAAUCUUUUCUGAAAUAAUGCUUGAGAAUGGAGAUAUUUUAAUGGGUGGUAUUCAAGGUCACACUUCUUUAAAAAGGGAGAACAAUUAAGAAAGAAUUGAAAGUAAGUUGAGGCCAUUUUAAGCAUCUUUGUAUUCAAAAAUAGCACAGUUUCAUUAAAUGCUUCAUAAAUAUUAUUUCUAUAUAGUGAAUUGCACACCUUGGGCCAGAAAAAUGGCAUCAAAUAUUCUAUAGAAGUACAUAUAACAUAUAAUGUCUUUAAAAAUGACUCCAGAAAAAAUCAAGCUUCAAUUUGGAACAAUAUGCAGAUAUCCUUUUAUUGUGUAAUGGUGUAGAUUCAAGGUGAAUUUUGUUUUCUGUGGACCAAAUUCAUUUAUCUUCAGGUAAACAGGCCAGGUGAGGUUUGUGGCCCAUGGGUCUGUUGUUAAAAUCAGUUAUGUUUGUGUGAGAAAGUUAUGGUAAACAAACUAUAAAGUCUGCAAAUCUAA